AUGCGGAGCCCCUCCUUUUUCCCGCGGCCUCAGCCGCUACUGUUGCUGCUGCUGUUGCUGCUUUCUGUGCGGUCAGUCUGGGCCCAGGAGCCCACCGGCGCCGCCCUCUCGGGCCCCCCGGUGGUCCCCGACUGCCCCGAAGCGUGCACUUGCGCUCUGGUGGGCCAGGCCAAUUGCUCGGCACUAGCGCUGCCCGCCGUUCCCGCGGGCCUGAGCCGGCUACUGCGCGAACUGCUGCUGGACCGCAACCGCGUGCGCGCGCUGCCGCCCGGCGCCUUCGCGGGGGCGUGUGCGUUGCUACGCUUGGACCUCCGCGAGAAUGGGCUGCGCUCGGUGCACUUGCGGGCUUUCUGGGGUCUGGGCGCGCUGCGAUGGCUCGACCUGAGCGCUAACCAGUUGGAAACACUGGAGCCUGGCACUUUCUCGCCGCUGCGCGCAUUGCGUUCCCUCUCACUGGCGGGCAAUCGGUUGGCACUCCUGGAGCCUGCGGCGUUGGGGGCACUCCCGCUGCUGCACGCGCUCAGCCUGCAGGACAACGCGCUGUCGGUGCUCGCGCCUGGCCUGCUGGCUGGCCUGCCUGCCCUCGACGCGCUGCGCCUGCGCGGCAACCCCUGGGUCUGCGGUUGUGCGCUGCGCCCGCUCUGCACCUGGCUGCGCCGGCAUCCGCGUUCCGCGUCAGAGGCCGAGACCCUGCUCUGUGUGUCGCCAGGGCGCCAGACUCUUAGCCCCCUGACCGCCUUUUCCGAUGGCGCCUUCAAACACUGCGCGCAGCCGCUCGCCGCGCGGGACCUGGCGGUGAUCUAUGCUCUCGGGCCUGUCUCCUUCCUCGCCAGCCUGGCCACCUGCCUGGCGCUGGGCUCCGUUCUCACCGCCUGCCGUGCGCGCCGCCGCCGCCGCCGCCGCACGGUUGCCCGCCGCCCACCGAGGAGACCGCCAGACCCCGGACCCGACUUUGACGGCCCAGCCUCCUCCGCGGACCCUGGGAGCCCAGCUGCCCAAGCCUGA